UCCUUUUACGAUGCCAUCAUUUCCGUUUUGAUUCUACCGAAAGAUAUUUCAAAAUCUCGGUAUUAUUUUACACCGUUACCAAAGAAACGAGGAAUCAAUCGCAUCCAAACACUAACGCCAUUUGACUCCAAAGAGCGAGCAAACAGUCCUUCAUUCUAGGACAAAAACUCACUACGACUUCGUAAAUAUAAUUUAAAAUGUCUUCAUCUGAUGAAGAAAGCAUCGAAGAUGACGGCUUGCCAUAUCUUGGAGAAUACGAAGGAGAACGAAAUGAGAAAGACGAACGUCACGGUAAAGGACGAGCAAGGCUACCUAAUCAAGAUACUUACGAAGGACAGUACGAGUUUGGUAAAAGACAUGGUCAAGGAAUUUACAGGUUUAAAAAUGGUGCCCGUUACGUGGGGCAUUAUAUUGGAGGGAAAAAGAAUGGUGAAGGAACAUUCUUCUAUCCUGAUGGAUCCAGUUACGAAGGGAGCUGGGUCAACGAUGAAAAACAUGGCUGGGGCAGAUAUACGUAUGCGAAUAAAGAUUGGUACGAGGGUGAAUGGGUGAAAAAUAAAAGACAUGGACAGGGAACAUAUACGUAUGCUGAAACGGGCUCCCGGUAUGAAGGGACCUGGUUCCAUGGAAAAAUGAAUGAUGCAGGUGAACUGAUACACUCGAAUCACAGGUACAUAGGAACUUUUACUGACGACAAGCCAAAGGGCAAAGGAAAAUACCUCUUUGACCUCGGUUGCGAAAUGCGAGGAAGCUACGUGUGGAUUGAGAAAGAAGACCAGAAUCAAAACGUGGAAGAUGAGAUAGAGAAUACUAUAAAAGCACAGUGGAUCGGGGCAGAGAUUAGUCAAGCAGAAGACUGAGAGCCAUGACUGUAUUUAGGACAUACCCUGGGUUACAGAGGGAUUUCUUUUGCGGCUUUGGAAAUCCCUCUGUAACCCAAGGUAAGGAGGACAGCCGAGAGAAGCCACUGCCAGAUCCAGAGAUCUGUUUCUAUGGUGUUCCACAAGGCACGCGUAUUAAGCUGAGGGUCUAGUUUCUUUAGAGCAUAGUCAGGAUUUUUAGAUUUUUAAGCAAAAGUCUAAUCCAGCUCACAGGGGAAGGAAAGGGGAGACUUUGGUCAUGAUUUUUAAACUCAGUCUUUGAAAAGGAAUAUAGGGUUAGUGAAUCCCCUCCUCCCAAUCCCAGGCGGCAAAGCUACUUCUCAGAUCUCCUUGUAGCCUUGGGAUCAGAGUUAUGAGUGACUUGUAAAACAUAUUUUGUAUAAUUGUUUAACCCUAUUGCUAAUAGAUAUGAACUCACUUGAUA